GGAUGACGCUGCCAGGGUUCGGACUCAAGGAUCCGCGGAAGAUCGUCAUGCUCUCCGAGAGAUCCAGGAGCCUCUCCCGGCUGCCCCUUCCAUCGGAGUCGCCCCCUGGUGGUGAUGGUGUUGGUGUCACCCAAACGGCGCCGGACGUGGUGGGACCUGCUAACCAGGGCCAGGAGGCGGGGAGAGGAGUGGGGAGAGGAAGGAGACUGGACCGACUCCUGCAACGCCAAGACAGCUGGUCCAGUUUUUACACAAGUAAACCAGAUGAUGACCAAAACAUUGAUAUGUCUUCAGUGAUCGUCGGUAAAAUAAGGCCUGACGAUAGCUUCAGUAUGCUGCUGCGCCGCCAUGGUGGCUCUAGACGGAACUCUCUCCUACGCUGGUGUCAGAGACGAACUCAGGGCUACAAGAAUAUUGACAUCACAAACUUCAGCACCAGCUGGGAAGAUGGUUUAGCCUUCUGUGCAGUCUACCACACCUACCUCCCCACACAUAUACCUUACAGCACACUCAGCCCAGACGAUAAGAGGGAGAAUCUGGAUCUGGCGUUUAGGACUGGAGAAAGCGUGGGCGUAGCAGCUACACUGACGGCAGAAGAGAUGUUGAGUGUGGGGGGACCAGACUGGCAGAGAGUUCUAGAAUACGUGGAGAGUAUGUUCCGUCACUUUGAAAUGUGACAUGACAAGUGUGCCCUGGAACCUCUUCACACCACUUGACGGGCGUCUUCAGCCGAUCCCUAUUCUCUUAUCUCAUUCUUUUCUCUAAGUGAAGUAAAACUAUAUUGAUGUUUCGUUGCACUUUGGAGCAGCCUGCUGGCUCGAUAUGGGAACUGUCUACUGUUGACCAAAGCAAGCAAGGACUCUUGUUCAGAAGUCUGAGACUUCCAUCUGGAGUAAAAGAUACACUACUCAACAGAACUGUAAUGAAGAAGUCUCUUGAAGGCACUUUAUAUUGAUGCACUGUGAUGGUUCUGCAUUAGUUGGUGGAAAUGUGGGCUCUUUAAAGG